GCGCCACACAACGCGCAAUGCGAUCCUCCCAGGCACGCCAGGUUAAAGUAACGGAUCCUCCGUGGACUAUGCCCAACGCCGGCCGUCGUACGGUUUUCAGGCUACUGCUCCGAUGCGAGUCCCAACAGUUAGGUUCCUGGGUCCACGGCGCGUCCCAACAACGGCGUGGCCGCGGGACGCCUACCGAGUCUCCGGGCCUUUGAUAAGAUUUUAUCGCCGAGAUGAGAUCAGUCAUCAGAAAAUGGGUCUGACGUUCAAGAUAUGAAGGCUGACGCUCCCUCCUCGCGAAUAUGCAGCUGAUGCCCAAACCUUCUGCUCAAGUUUUCUCACCAAAGUCUAAGUCUGCUCGCUUACUAUCUCACUAUUGUUGUUGUCUCAUUGCUCGUGGUCCACGCCCCAAGAAGCCCUCAAAAUGGCACCGAAAUCAGACCCGUUCCCAGGCUUCACGGCCAUCACCGACCAGAUUUUCUAUCGGGAGGGCGAACCAGUAACAGAGGGCACGCAGUCACCAGCAGAUCACCCAAGGGUCGUCAUCAUCUACAGCUGGGGCGACGCCAUACCGAAACACGUCUCCAAAUACGCCGAUGGAUUCCGCGCACUCUUUCCGCACGCAAAACAGAUCGCCGUGCUCUCGCCAAUCGUUAAAGCCAUGAGAGAGGACCUCCAGACCCGCUCAAACAACAUGAAGCCCAUCAUCGAAGCCGCCUAUCCCUCAGCAACGUCCGGAACACCAGACCCCAACGAAGACGCGGUCCUCAUGCAUGUCAUGUCCAACACUGGCGGCAUCAACUACGCUGGAACGCUGCAUGCCUACCAAGAGAGAUUCGGUCGCCCCAUGCCGCAUCGCCUGUCUAGCUACGACUCGACGCCCGGCAGCGUGAUCAUGACCUGGAACAACCUCAAGCGCUGGUCUCUGGCCAUGACCCUCGGGACCGCCGGCUGGUUUCCCUGGCCGUUCGUUGUGACACAGUGCAUCAUGGGCGUCUUCCUUCUUCUGAACCACAGCUUCGAGCACCUCACCGGCCGCGAAAGCGCGCCUGUCUUCAGCGUUGCUGCCAUUGGCGAUACGAAAUAUGUUUCGAAGGGAUCACGCAAGCUGUAUCUGUAUAGCAAGGAGGAUCCGCUCAUUGGCUGGGAGGAUAUCGAGGAGAACAUGGCCGAGUCGAAGGGCAAGGGCUACGCCUACGAUGCGGUGCGUUUCGAGGGCAGUGGCCAUGUUGGGCAUAUGCGGAUGCAUCCUGACCAGUACUGGAACGCUAUUGCAUCGGCUUGGAAAGAAACGUGAGGCUCCUGAAGGACUUGCUAUGAAGGACAUGUGGUUGGCACUGGUAUUGAUGCGUGUUGUUCUUCACGUCAUGUCCUCGAACGCACGAUGGGCUUGGCCGGAAUAAUAGCAGAUUUCAUCGUGUGCUAAAAGACUCUGCCCGG